AUGUCGUCCCCUGAUCUCAACAGCGACAUUCAUUUCAUUCAAACACCACCAGCCAAACCCUCAAAGUUCGAAACGCCUGAGGAUUGUGGAAUACCCAUCACAGAUUCGGCGGCCAUCCACAAUGCGCCUCUUCCAGUUGACGGUGCUGGUAACCAGGGAUUCUCUAAUUCCCUCCUAAUCGGUCUCCUGGUGGGCGUCCCGGCCGUCCUUGCUUAUCUACUUGGUGGCGGUAUGAAGGCCACUAUAUUUCUUGGUCUAAUCACGACUGUGCCAAUUCUCGUGGGGUACUGGACAUGGACAUCCUCCUGCAGUUCUCGCAUGACCGACAAAGGCAAAUUGCCGGGGCGACCGAUAGAACAGUAUUUAAAGUUCAAAAACGAGGCAGAUCGUGCCAAAUGGCACGGCAAGAAACGUGUCCCUAUGCAGACUUUCUGUGAAAUGUAUCUCGAUGGUGUGGUCGACUUUAACGGAGAUACUCUCGACAUCUUGGAAUACCGCCAUGAUUGGGCGCACUUCGGCUUCACCUGGGAUCUGUUCAAGUAUAUUUUCCUGACCUUUGCUCGCGACGUGUUGCUUCACACGAAAGACCAAGACGAUCAGCAGAUCCGUCCAAACUACGACCGUGGUAACGACCACUAUGCUUGGUUCCUUGGUCCUCGCAUGAUCUACACCUCCGGUAUCAUCUCCGACACGUCAAAAGAGGAAACACUGGAGGAAAUGCAGGAUAACAAGAUGGCGAUUGUCUGUGAAAAGCUCGGCCUUAAGCAAGACGAGACUAUGUUAGACAUCGGCUGUGGAUGGGGGACCCUAGCGAAAUUCGCAAGUCUCAACUAUGGAGCGAAGGUAACCGGUCUCACCAUUGCACGCCACCAGACAGCAUGGGGUAACGAUGCUCUCCAAAGGGCUGGAAUUACCGAAGCGCAAAGCCGUAUUCUGUGUAUGGAUUACCGCGACAUCCCUCAUGCCCAGUACGAUAAAAUCACGCAGCUCGAAAUGGGCGAGCAUGUCGGUAUUCGAAAGCUCACCACCUUCUUCCGCCAAUGUUAUGACAUGCUGAAAGAUGACGGUGCCAUGUAUGUGCAGCUUUCCGGUCUUCGCCAAACAUGGCAGUAUGAGGAUUUGAUUUGGGGACUGUUUUUGAACAAGUACAUCUUCCGUGGCGCGGAUGCGUCUACUCCUCUUUGGUACUAUACGAUGUGCUUGGAACGGGCUGGGUUUGAGAUCAAAAGUAUCGAUACCGUUGGAGUGCAUUAUUCUGGGACUCUCUGGAGAUGGUACCGCAAUUGGCUUGGAAAUGCAGACACCAUCAAGGCCAAGUAUGGCCAACGGUGGUUCAGGAUUUGGGAGCUCUUCCUCGCCUGGUCUGUCAUCGCUUCUCGCCAAGGUAGUGCCACUUGUUAUCAGAUCCUCGUUGUGAAGAACUUGAACUCAACCCACCGCAUCAACGGGGUUGCAUCUCAGUUUGGGUUGUCGGCUGCUCUCGCUUCGAGCAAAAAGGCCGGUAAAUCGAAGCUGGAGAUUGUGUGA